CGGGCGCUGCCGCUGCUGGGGGGCGCCGCGCACCUGCUGCACCCGGCGGCGCCGCGGCACCUGGCGGCCCUGGCGCGGCUAUACGGGCCGGCGCUGCGGCUGCGCCUGGGCGGCGCCGACGUGGUGGUGCUGAGCUCGGUGGAGAGCAUCCGGGAGGCCUUCACCCGCCGCUGGGGCGCCUGCGCCGGGCGCCCCCCCAGCUACCUGGCGGGGCUGGUGUCGCGGGGGGGGCAGGACCUGGCGCUGGGCGAUGUCUCCCCGGGGUGGCGGCGGCAGCGUCGGGCCACCCGCGACGCCCUGGCCCGGGCCCAGCGGCGCCUCGACGCCGUCCUCGCCCAGCAGGCCCAGGCCCUCUGCGAGGACCUGCGGCGCUACCGCGGGGCCCCCGUGGACGUGGCCGAGGAUUUCGCCUUCCGCACCUGCAGCACCAUCUGCAGCCUCGUCUUCGGGCCCCUGAUGCCCGCCGAGGCCGAGGUGCGGGACUUCACCCGCUGCAUCAUGGGGCUGCUGGAGGUGUGGGGCCGGGCCAGCGUGCGGGUGCUCGACCUGCUGCCCCCCCUGAGGGCGCUGCCCAACCCGGCGCUGCGGGAGCUGCUGCGGCUUGUCGAGCACCGCGACGCCUUCGUGCAGGCCCAGCUGCAGCGGCACGAGGCGGCCGGCUGCCCUCCCGGGGGGAUGCUGGGCGACCUGUGGCCGGACCCCGGUGUCCGAGGGGGGCCGCUGGGCCCUGACCGCCUCCACAUGGCCCUGGUGGAUCUGUUCAUCGGUGGCACCGAGACCACGGCCGCCGCCCUUGCCUGGGCCGUCGCCUUCCUGCUGCACCGCCCUGAGGUACCGCCACGCACACGCCACGCACAUGCAUCCAGCAUGCUGUGCACAUGCCAAGGACAUGCGUGUGUGAGGUCCCCCGCAUGUCCCGGGUCUCCUUCCCCAUCUGUUGCCUUCCUGCUGCACCGCUGCAAAGCACACGCUAAGCACAUGCAUCCAUCAUGCCACGCACAUGCGUGUCCGUGCUCCACCCGUGUGUCCCGGGUCCCCUUUCCUGUCCCUCGCCGCCCUGCUGCACCAUUGCAAAUGCGUUGCACCCGCGUGACGCUGCCAUGUGCAUUGCACCUGCGUGACACUGGCGUGGCAGCGGGGGUGCGGGCGGAGGUGCCGGGGGCCACCCGGGGGCUGCUGGGCGCCUCCGUGUGCGAGACCCUCCGCCUGCGGCCCCCGGCGCCCCUGGCGCUGCCCCACCGCGCCCGUGCCCCCACCAGCAUUGCAGGCGCCCUGGUGCCCCGCGACUCCCUGCUCGUCCCCAACCUCUUCGCUGCCCACCACGACCCCGACAAGUGGCAGCGCCCCGAGGCCUUCCUGCCAGAGCGGUUCCUGGAGGCAGGGCCGGGGCGGGCGCUGGUGCCCUUUGGCUGCGGGGCUCGGGCCUGCCUGGGCGAGGGGCUGGCACGGGCCGAGCUCCUGGUCUUCUUGGGCCACAUCCUGCGCCACUUCCGCCUGGAGCCGCCGGCGCCCGGCGUCCUGCCCAGCCUGGAGGUCACGGCUGGCACCGUGCUGCGCUGCCCCCCCUUCCGCGUCCGCCUCAUCGCCCUGGAGCACUGAGCCCCGCCCGGAUGCCUGGGCCCGCCCGGACGCCUGGGACUCCCUGGAUGCUUGGGAUCACUGGGAUGCAUGUGAUGGCCCGGACGCCUGGGCCUGCCCAGAUGCCUGGGACCGCCUGGGUGCUUGGGAUCACUUGGAUGCAUGGGAUGGCCUGGACACCUGGGCCCGCCUGGACACCUGGGCCCGCUCAGAUGCCCAGGACCGCCCAGACGCCUGGGCCCGCCUGGAAGUCUGGGACUGCCCAGACAGCUGGGACCCGCUGGAUGCUUGGGACCACUCGGACGCCUGGGCUUGCCCGGACGCCUGGGCCUGCCCAGACACCUGGGACCCCCUGGAUGCCUGGGACCACCCGGAUGCCUGGGCCUGCCCAGAUGCCUGGGCCUGCUCAGACGCCUGGAACCACCUGGACACCUGGGCCCGCCCAGCCACCCGGACACCUGGGUCCCCCCAGACACCCGGACACCUGGGCCCACCCUACUCCCCCACAGACACCUGGGUCCCCCAUAUGCCUGGGCCCUCGCACGGCAGGGCCCUCAGUCGCUUGCAGCUUUUAUUGCUCUCCCAUAAAGGCUUCACCCACUCCA